AUGAAAUCCUUGAAGACGACAACUGCUGAAGAGGUUGCUUUCCACCUCGUUGAUAUAUUCUGUGACAAAGGAGCCCCCCAUAUCCUGCAGUCUGACAAUGGAAGAGAAUUCUCAAAUAAGCUUGUCAAGGAAGUUCUGAUGAUGUGGCCAGAGUGCAAGAUGGUUCAUGGCAAACCACAACAUUCCCAAUCGCAGGGCUCGGUGGAACGUGCCAACAGGGAUAUUGAAGCCAUUCUCGCAUGUUGGAUGAAGGACAACAACUCUACACAAUGGUCACAGGGACUGCGCUUUGUCCAGUGGAAGAAAAAUACCCGCUUUCACUCCGGAAUUGGAAGGACACCAUAUGAGGCCAUGUAUGGACAGAAGGCUCGUCUUGGUGUUGACGGAAAUUCUGUACCAGAGGAAGUCCUGGACGGUAUGCAGACGGAGGAGCAGCUUGCAGAGGCACUAGGUGUUGUCAAUGAGGUCACAGACACAGAGGAGGAAGAGACAGGUGUUGAAAAGCAAGAAGAAGCAUCUGCUGUCAUUAACUGCAUCUCCUGUGGCAAAAGAUAUUUUGGUUUAAAUGUGUGCAAUGUGUGUGAGAACCCAUGUCACUCUAAUACUCCGUGUUCUAUGAGGAAUAACGAUGCUGAUGAGUCUGUGCUUUGUUCCAUCUGCAGUCGGAGUCAGAGUAUUCAUACUGAACAAAUGAAGUCCAACAUAGAACAACAGAAACAAGCCCAAAAAAUGAUCGAUAAUUCUGUGAAGAGAUUUCAACCAGCCAAGGUAGGGGAAACUGUGAUGGUUCCUGUUCCAUUAGUUGACCGCGGACGUGCAGAGUUUCCUAAUGUGAAGGCAGUUGUUUUUCAGGCAUUGGACAAUGGCACAUAUAAGCUUGGUACAAAACACGGCCUGCUUAAACAAGUGUACACUCGCAACCAAUUUACUCCAUGUCUAGAAAAAUUCCUUUCUCUUGAUGAUGUUGUACAGGAGCGGGAAGUAAGUCUGCGGGAAGUAGCAAUUGCAGAAUCAAUGGGACAAGGUCAGGGAUUCGCUAAAUGCUCUUGCACUAAGUCAUGUAUGACCAGACGCUGCAAGUGUUUAAAAAACUCUGUAUUAUGCAACAGCAGAUGCAAAUGCAGUGCCUCUUGCUCCAACAAGGUCGACACACAAUAAAAUUAGUUAUGUUCACUACGUUUUAUCAUUCCCUCGCUUUUUUUUUCAUCUGCCUGCUUGCUGUAUGGACAUUUUGUAAACUGACCAACGAUAAUUUUGUAAACUGACCAAAAUCUUGGUCGUUUUGCAAACUGACCAACGAUAAUUUUGUAAACUGACCAAAAUCUUGGUCGUUUUGCAAAAUGUUGA